CUUUUAUUUCUCUAGACUCUUCAGAAACAGAGAGAGAGAGAUCAUAAUUCUAAAUUGAUGGAAGGUGCUCUAGGUCUUCUCAGGGUUCGAGUUCAAAAGGGAAUCAAUCUAGUUGUUCGCGAUGCAUCCAGCAGCGACCCUUUCGUCGUCGUCUCCAUUGGAAAUGAACAGAAACUGAAAACUCGUGUGGUUCACAACAAUUGCAAUCCAGAGUGGAACGAUGAACUCUCUCUUGCAAUUAAGGAUCUAAACCCUCAAAUUCUCCUGACUGUGUUCGAUAAAGACACUUUUACAUCACAUGACAAAAUGGGUGAUGCUGAGAUAGAUAUAAAACCUUAUGUGGAAGCCAUGAAGAUGGGAUUGCAAGGACUUCCAAAUGGAACUGUGGUUAAGAGGGUUCAACCCGACAGGAAAAACUGCUUAGCUGAUGAGAGUUGUAUUGUUUGGAAAGAUGGGAAAAUGAUUCAAGACAUGUUUCUUAGGCUCAGGAAUGUUGAGAGUGGUGAAGUCCAAAUCCAAAUUGAAUGGAUCGAUCUUCCAGGUCGUAAAUCCCUUCAGAGUUCUUGAGCAAAUCAAGUGAAAUGAAAUAUCAAUAAGAAUAAGAAUAAUGGUAUAAACAGAGAUUUGGGUGUAUUUUAUUUAAUGGAUGAUUUUACUAUCUUUAUUUACAAGUAAAUGGUACAUUUAAGCAUAACUUCAAAUCAAAAGUCGAAAAAAGAGUCUGAAAAAGAGCUAUAAAUGUUUUGGUUGUUCUUGGCCUAAAUCAUUCUACUUGUAUUCUAAUAAAUGUUUGUUGCUAUAAGGGUAAUUUGAUCUUGUUCUUUCCUUUUG